ACUAGUUUUAUGUUGGUAUAUGCAUUGAACUUUACGCCCCUUCACAAAUAUGUGUAGACGUAAGCCCAGUCAAGGAAAAGACGAUGACGUAUUUUGCUCCCAAUUUUGCGCCACCUACAGGGCAAACACCCGCGCUUGAAACAAUGGCGGGAGGAGGCCCCCGAGAUAAGCUUGUACAGUUGGAGCGGAUUGAACGAGAUAUUGCUUCGUCAUUGCAGAGCGCGGGUCAGGCCCUGCAGGAACUGUCCAAGGACAAGCCGAGUCUGAAACAGGCAGAAAGCCAUACAACCACCUUCCUCAAGACUCUACAAGAAGUAGAAAAUGGCAUGCAGUUGCAGAUAAACUACCUGACGCAGGUGUCAACAGGUCAGCCGCAUGAGGGAUCCUGCUACUCCGCUCAGAAGGACCUGCAGAUGGCAUACCAUCGUAUGGAGCACGUGAAGAGUCGGCUCGGAGAGCUGGAGAAGAUCCGGAUGGAACACCUCCGACAGAGACAGGGGCAGAUGGUCCGGGCAGAUGCAGCAUCAGCAGAUGCCACACUGCCACAUCCUCAACAUCAGUUCCCUGAAGCAGGGCAGCGCCACCUCAUGUCCACCCUCACAGUUCACUGUGGCAUGGUAACAUCCAGCCCAUUCCACACCCUCAUCAGCCCACUGUGGCAUGGUAACAUGUACCCCAUGCCACACCCUCAACAUCAGUUCCACUGA